AGUGGCUUGACCACUCUCACUCACGCCCCUUUACAAUUACACAUGAAGCCUGAUAGCUAGGAGCUAUGGCUACUCAACCGAUCAUCAGAAUCGCCGGCCUCUGCGGCUCUCUGCGGAAAGGCUCCUUCAACCGCGGCCUCCACCGCGCAGCUAUGGAGAUAAGCGAGGAAUGGCUGAAGGGGAUGGAGAUAGAAUACCUGGAUAUAUCGGCGUUGCCGUUCCUGAACACCGAUCUCGAGGUCGACGGAACCUACCCGCCGGCGGUGGAGGAGUUCCGCCGGAAAAUCCUUCAAGCUGAUGCCAUCAUUUUUGCUUCCCCCGAAUACAAUUACUCCGUCACUGGACCAUUGAAGAAUGCAAUUGAUUGGGCAUCUCGUCCCCCGAAUGUUUGGGGUGGUAAAACGGCAGCAAUCAUAAGUGCGGGCGGGGGAUCUGGCGGGGUGCGAGCACAAUACCAUCUCCGCCAGAUCGGGGUGUUCGUCGACCUUCAUUUCAUUAACAAGCCUGAAGUUUUCAUCCAUGCUUUCCAGCCCCCUCCCAAGUUUGACACUAGCAAUGGGGACUUGGUUGAUGCUGAAACCAAGGACAAAAUCAAGGCUCUUCUUCUGUCUUUGCAAGCAUUUACACUGAGGAUGAAAGGUAUCCCACAGUGAGUGAUGUUAGUAGGGGCUUGGGUUCCUAGCUACCGAACCGUAUACGAAUUGUUUUUCAUCACUUCGAUGGAUUUAUUGAAAUGAAUCAACAUUUGAUCUCUUUGGAACAAUCUCUCUGCUUCCAAGUAGAGCAAUAUGUGCGUAUACGCACUCUCCCAAAACCCUACUUUCUUAUGGGAUUCUA